UUUCCUCUACCCAGCAUGGCUCGCGGGGGCAUGGCGAGUGCGGCGACGGGUCCGGACGUUGCUCCGCCUGUGGUGGAGGAGGAGUCGACUGACAUUGGAUCGACCGAGGGGCAGAAGGCACCCGAAGUUGAAGAGGACAUCGUCGAGGAGGGCGGCCUGUCGGAGCCACUGAAAGAGCGCCGGUCCAAGGCCGCCAGGGACCGCGCCCCGCCCAGUGACACCGACACGCGGACGGGCGAGGUUCCGUCGACUGAGGCGGUGAUGCGAGCGGACGGGGCGACCGAGUCGCGUCAUCCGCCGCCGUCUUCAUUGACCUUCACUGAGCUCCACACGGCGCUUGGCGAGGCGCAUGUGGCGGAGAUUAAGCGGCUGACCGCGCUUGUGGAGGAGGCGGCGCAGAAGAACCGGAAGCUGAUUGCCCCGGGCGAGCCGCGGCCCGAUGCGCGGAACUCUGCACGUGGGGCUGCCGCGUCUCUGCGGGAGGAGGUGGCGGCCUUGAAGCAGCAGCACGCCAAAGAACUUGCUGCGGAGAAGGAGGCGUCCGAGGGCAUCGUCCUGGCGGUGCAGGCCGAGAAGACCAACUUCGAGGCUUUCGUCAGGGAGAUGUCGCGGCAGAUUCUUGGUACGUGCGACUUCGUGGAGACGGCGACUCCACGGGAAUGCCUGUCGACCGCGACCGCGCGUAUCAUCGCCUGCGCGGGGAGAUACUUGCCGCGCUCCGGUGCACUGAGCCCGCGGGAGGACUUGCAUCUGCGCACGAUGGCGCGUGCUUUGGUUUCAUCCAUCGGCGGUGCCCGGCUCUCGAGGUAG